GUAAGUUUGAAUCGAAUUCUAAUCUGAACAAAACUCAGUUGUUUGAGUUUCUGAUUCGAUUCUCAAGCUACAAUAUCCAAUUCUAAACUAAAAAAAAUUCAAACUUUCUCAUUUUAUCUUCUUCUUCAAAUCAAUUUCCAUUCCAUUCCAUUCGAUUAAUCCUCUUUUACACUCCUAUCUCAUUCUCCAUCAAUUUCCAAUCAUCUCAUUCCCUUCAUUCAACUUUCAUCCAUAGAUCUCUUUCAAUCUCCUUUUUUUUUUCUUAAUUAAAUCUAUCAAUCAAAUCCAUCAAUCCAUCAAAUCAAUCCUAUCAUCUCAAAUGAAUUCUCUCGAACAAGCUGCUCUUUCAGGCGCACUUACUACUAUCAGCUUAGAUUCUCCUGAUCCAGAUGGUCGUGAACCUCAACGUAAUAAUCAUUCAGAUGUCGAAUUAGAUGAAACUACUGUUUUGGAAUUACAAGAAGAUGAAUACGAUUAUGCUCAUCAAUCUUCAGUGGCUUCAUUAAUGUCUCGUGGUUGGUCUGGUAAUACAGGUCCGAAAGGUGUCUUACUUGAUUUUAAAGCUUCUCAUGGUAAAAGUGGUGCAAUUUUGGGUGGUAGUGAUGAUAGAGGUGGUUCAGUACCUAGGAUUCAUCAUAAACAACCUAGUUCGAAUAGUGAAACUGAUUCUGAAUCAGAUAAGGAUACAAGACAUCCUCCUACUACUUCAUCUCUUUAUACUUCGGGUCGAAGAACUCAUCGGAUCAUGGAUAGAAGACCUAAUGCUUUCUCGAUGAUCAAUCGUGCUCGUUCGGGAUCUUCUCCUCCUUCAGUUAGUCCGAUCAACAGUGGUUCAAAAGUCGUGAAAACCGAUAGUAGAGGUAAAAAACUAUUUGGUCAUCUACGGGAAGUCGGUGUAGACAACUUUAUUCAAGCUGUGGAGGCUGAAAGGGACGAUAAGGAGACUGUGGUCUUGGUUCAUCUAUACGAUCCUGCUCUCGAUGCAUGUAUGAUCCUCAAUAGUCAUCUCUCAAGCUUAGCACGACUCUAUCCACGAACCAAGUUUCUACGAGCUCUUGCAUCCGAAUUAGAUUUCUUUAAUCAUUCAUCGACUCACAGUGAUGAUUUCUUUCCGACUCUUUCAAUCACCCCAAGAGCUUCGUCUGAGAAGAAUCCCGGACCGUUGAUCGAUGUGGAUGGUCAUCAUCAAGAAAGUGAGGAACGUCGGGCUAGAAGACCGACGGAUAGUGAUAUCCUUCCUACCUUGCUUUGGUACCGCGGUGGAGAGUAUGUGUCUAGUUUACCGGCUAUGGAACGGGAGUUACCUAGUGGAACGAUUAAGAGGGGUGAGAUUGGUUGUUCGGAACUUCAAAGUUUACUUUCGAGGUUCGGUAUUCUAAAAUGAUCCAGAUCAAUCAAGAUUCGGGUAAUCUCUCUCUCUCUCCAGAGAGUAAUUAAUAAGAAAUCAAGUUAUCGUAUGGAUCGGUUUGAUUCUUUUCUACAACUUGAAUUCUUUGUAUUUCAUGUGUUUCUUUUUCUCUCUUUCUUUCUACCCAAUUCGCAAGUUAUUCUUUUUUUUUGUUCAUCUGAAUCAUUCUUCUUGAUUCUCGUUUCAAAUUUGGUUUCCUUUCUCUUUCUCUUUCUCUCUUACUUCUUUUUUUUCUCCUCGUCAAUCGGCUCGUCUUUGAUUUUUCUUUUACAAUUUUUUCUUUUGAUGAUUUGGAAAAAAAACAAAUUGUUUCUUUUUUUUAUUUUCUUUAUUUCUUUUUUAUUAUCAAACCAGAAAAAAAAAGUGACAACUUUUUUUUCCUAAAAAUUAAACUGUUUGUUUUCCUAAAGAAAGAAACAAAAAAGCAAUGUAAAUAAAGAUCAGGAAUUUUCUAAACCCAAACCAAAACCUACACAAAAAAGUUUUCCCUUUUUUUUCCCAUUACUUUUUAUACAUUUUACACAUACAUAUAUAUAUAUAUAUUGUAUACAUAUACACGAAUGAGUUGUGAUUAAAAAAAUCUUUUUGCGUUGUUCAGAUAAUUUGUAUAUAAUGUGAUUAGAAAGAAGGUACCCUGAGAUAGUUUUGUUCUUUGGGUUUUUUUUGUUUUUUUAGAAGAAUUGAUAUAUAUAUUUCUUUUGGUUGAGGAUUGAAAUGUCUUGAUUCUUGGU